AUGAAGGACUUAGGUGAAGUAAAGACUUACUUAGAGAUAAACAUCGAAUACGAUCAUAAGAAAUGUGAGAUGAAAUUAGAUCAAAGUAGUUAUAUAGAGUCUUUAGCGAAACAAUAUAAUAUAGAAAAUAGUAAGCUAUAUUCUACACCAAUGGAACAAAACUUAAGUUUAGAACCCGCACAAUCAGUAUCAGACAAUGUAAGACAUAGAAAUCUCAUAGGAGCUUUAUUGUAUAUUAGUAUUGGAACAAGAUUAGACGUUAGCUAUAGUGUAAACUAUUUAAGUCGAUUUCAAAACAGUUACGACAAGACCCAUUAUAAAUAUGCAUUGAGAAUUCUGAAAUACUUGUAUUUGACUAGGAAAUUAAAAUUAACUUAUAAAAGAAAUCUAAAUGCUGAAGCUAUCGAUUGUUUUGUUGACGCUGAUUGGGCUGGAGAUAAAGUAGAUAGAAAGUCCACUACGGGCUUUAUCAUAAGAUCUUUCGGGAACGCAAUUUACUGGAAAUCAAAAAAACAAAGUAGCGUAACAAAAUCAUCAACAGCCGCCGAGUAUGUAGCUUUAUCAGAAGCUGUGAGCGAAAUUAAAUUUGUAAGAAAAUUGUUAAAAGAUUUCAGAAUAAUGAUAGAGACACCAAUAAAAAUUUACGAAGAUAAUUCUGGAGCGAUUGCAAUAUCAAAAUUAGGAAACUAA